AUGCCUCGCACCAGCACAUAUGCCAAGGAGGUCCCUCUCCCCGUCACCUACACCCCCACCACCCAUCGCAUCAGCAAGGCAAAGAAGGGCAAACGGGUCCAUGCGUGUCAAUAUCCCGGAUGUGCCAAGGUCUUUACCCGAGCCGAACACAGGAGACGGCAUGAGUUGAACCACAACCCCGAAGCCUUGUUCGGCUGCACGCAGGAUGGCUGCAACAAAGCCUUUCACCGUCCGGACCUGCUCGCGCGUCACAUGGAAAGACAUGACCUGGAAACGCAACUGGACACCGCAAGCUGGGAACAGCCCACCCAUGCGCCAGUAGUCGACGUCCCCUUCGUGCCCACCAAGGAAACCAACACCCAAGUGGAGACCGCCUCGCGGUACCUCGCCGUCACGAACUCCAUGUCCAUCGGGUCCCUCGUCGGGCCCGCCAUCCACCCCGACCUCCAAACCGACUACAGCAUGAUGUGGCCCAGCCAGGAGCACCAUCUGCACGCCGACCCCCACCCCCCGAUGUACCCCAGCCAUCACGUCCACGAGUCCGUCGAGGAGCACCGCUUCUACGCCACCCCGGAGAGCUGCCCGUCGCCGUCCUCCGACGGAACCUCCCUGUCGAUCCCGUCGCAUCCGCGCUCCUCGCUCUCCGCUACCCCCGUCGCCGUCAUCGACCACUACCCGGACACCAGCAGCGCCAACGGCACCAUCAUCGAGUCUACCCUGUCCUCCUCGCCUAUCCCCAUGCACGCUACUCACAUCCCUCACCACCAUCAUCAACCCCGCUGGGACGCCGAGCCUGCGCUGCCUCCCGUCCCGCUCAACGUCCACGACGCGAUCAUGCACCACCCCGUCGCCAUGCCUUGCUCUUACCCUUCGCCUUCGUGGCCCUCCACCCACCACCUCAGCUACGACGACACGCCGCACUACUCGCAUGAGAUGCCGUGGAGAUCGUGGACGAUGUAAUCCUUUCUUCUCAAUACGUCUGAAUCUGGGAUGUUCAAUCUAUCUACAUCCCACCAACAUAUACGAAAAGGCUAGUCUCCGGGAUCAGGAUCGACCAGUCGAUCCUCUUUUUCCUUUUCUUUUUUCCUUUUUUCUUUUCCUUUCUCAUGUUUGUUUAUGUCUGAUUCAUGUCCUGUUCCUUUUGUAUUUUGAUGAAAUUUUCCUUUGUCAUCGCCAGGCGCAUAAGUGGUGUUUGGAUUGGAGUGGUUGGUUGUUUGUUGUUGGUUGUCUGGUUGGUCGGGUUUAACGAACUAACUACUCUCCUUUGUUGUCAUGAGAUCUGACACUUUAUAUACCCAUGCUAUGUUAUUCUUUUUAUCUUUUCUGUUUGUAUAUGUGUGGUUCUUGUAUGUAUAUGC